UGGAACCAUACAAACUAACCAAACAACGUGGCCUAAUUAUAAACAGUCCUUAUUGAUGACUACUCCCAACACGCUUUGACUCAGCAGACUCAGCUCCAUUGCCAUGGAAGCCUCUCUUCUCCCUCCGUCAAUACUCACAACUCCAAGUCCGGCCUCAAACACUCACUUGAGAAUCACCAACUUCACAGUCGACCCCACCAAAUCAUCCACCCUCAAUCUCACUUCCAAAGGCAAGCACAGCCGUCUGAUCGGAAGCAAGAGCUUGCAAGUGAGGAAGGUUGCAGGAGUAGAGGAGUUCUCCGCCGCAGCCGAUGCAGCCCCCAUUGGGGUCACGUGGCAAAUUGUUGUUGGUGCUGCAGCUGGAGUCACUCCUUUUGUGGUGGCAGGGAUUGAAUUCAGCAAAAGAAUUAUAGCGCAGAAGACAUGUGAUGUAUGUGGAGGGUCAGGGUUAGUUUUGAAGAAGGAAAACUAUGCGCGAUGCCCUGGCUGUGGCGGAUUUCUGUCUUGGCAGUCAUGGAAGAGAUUCUUCUCUGGCUAAGUUACUCCUCAUUUCUUUUGCAGAAUUAUUUCAUUUUCAAAAAGGUUUCACCAAUUCUGGUGUAUGAUUUCAUCAAGAAAUAAUAUCAAUAUGAAAAAUUAUUGUAAAUUUUAGGGAGAAUGUUCCACAUACUGAUUGGCAUGGGGAAGAUUCCUGAUCUAUAUCAGAUAUAGUCAUAUAAAGUUGUACAGAGUUUUUGGAAAAAUAUUGGGUUUCUUUUUGCAA